GCCAAAGGGAGGGAAAGGUGGUCCAGGAAACCACCCAGGCCAAGCACGCGAGGCGACUGCAAGGAGAGUCCACGGCCCGAGGCUGCCGAAGCAACCCUCCACCUUAUGCGCGGCCGCAGAGCUGGCGGGCGGGCGAGCGAGGACGCGCCGGGUACUGCGCGCUGGACCCGCUGGGGCGCAGGGCUGUCAUGUCCUGCGAGCGGCCUCCCCGCACCGACAUCCCUCGCAACCUGAGCUUUAUAGCCGCGCUGACCGAGCGCGCCUACUACCGCAGCCAGCGGCCCAGCCUCGAGGAGGAGUCGGAGGAGGAGCCGGGGGAGGGCGGGACCCGGCCCGGUGCCCGCUCGCGGGCUCACGUGCGGGAUCGGGGGCGCAGGGCCCGCUCUGCGCCCGCAGCUGGCAGCGGGGCACGGGCAGCCCGCAGCCGCAGCCCUGACACUCGCAAGCGAGUGCGUUUCGCCGACGCGCUGGGGCUGGAGCUGGCCGUGGUACGCCGCUUCCGCCCAGGGGAACCGCCCCGGGUGCCCCGCCACGUGCAGGUGCAACUACAGAGGGACGCCCUGCGCCACUUCGCGCCGUGCCCGCCGCGCGCUCGCGGCCUCCAGGAGGCGCGCGCCGCCCUGGAGCCCGCCCGCGAGCCCGGCUUCGCCGCCCGGCUGCAGGCGCAGCGCAUCUGCCUGGAGCGCGCCGACGCGGGCCCUCUGGGCGUGGCCGGGAGCGCGCGCGUGCUGGACCUGGCCUACGAGAAGCGCGUGAGCGUGCGCUGGAGCGCGGACGGCUGGCGCAGCCUGCGGGAGUCGCCCGCCGCCUACGCCGGCCCGGCCCCGGCCCCACCGCGGGCUGAUCGCUUCUCCUUCCGCCUGCCGGCGCCUCCGGUCGGCGGCGCUCUGCUCUUCGCCCUGCGCUACCGUGUGAUCGGCCGCGAGUUCUGGGACAACAACGGCGGCCGUGAUUACGCACUGCUUGGGCCCGAGCAUCCUGGUGGUGCCGGAGUCGCGGAGACCCAGGGCUGGAUCCAUUUUAUUUGAGACUAGGCUCCUGCCGGCCACAGCAGGGAAAACACAGGGGGAACCCGGGGACCACAAUUGGCAGAUGGGUAGAGUCAAGCGGAGGUGGCUGGAAACUGUCUGCGAAGCUCAGAGAGAUUAGGGUGGGAAACGGCAGGUGGGUGUAAAUGGAAGGAACUCAAGGAAUUCGAGAAAGGAGGCCAGAAGGGAUCUGGGAAGUUGUGCCCCCCUUGGACGGAUUGAGCAUUACGGACUGAGCAACCUUGACGUGUGAAGUCCAGCCCAGUGAAGUCGUUCCGAUUGCUUCCCUCUUACUGGCCUUACCACCUUCAGGUCCCCCAUGUCCUGCCCAUCCUAGCUUUAUCUGAGCCGAAAUUGCCUUGCUUAACCCCAGGAAUUUGACUAUUGCCCCCUGGGCCCUGGCAGUUGGACAGGAUUCGCUUGAUUCUCAGCAGUUCUUGACUUCAGCCUUCAAGGAGAGAGAGUCCUUCAGCCACAGCGCAAGCCUCCUAAGGAAUAUAGAUGGUGGCAAAACUAACUCCGGGCCUGCCCUUUUUUUUUUUUUUAUAAUAGCCAAAUAAUGGGGCAUCUGAGGGGCUGCAUAGUCAGGCUUCCAGAAAAAUGAACGCCAGCCUUACUUUUCUGGGUGCCUUCUUAGACCUGGAAGCACUUUAUGGACUUUGUCAAGGGACAGCGAAUCAUGAAAAUCACUGCUGAUUUAUUCUUUGUGCCUCUGAAAAAGAGGAAACUACCGAGUAUCUGUACGGUUGAGCAGGUUAUUUUCUCUUCUGGGGCUCCAGGUUGCUCUGUGAGAAAUUGUUUGUUUUCAGACAAGGUCUCUAACCCAGGCUGGCUCCAACUCCUGCCCUAGCCUCUGCUGUGCUGGGGUGAUUGGCGUGAGGCACUAUGCUCUUCGGGCUCCAUUUUGGUGUUUUAUAAUCUGUUCCUGGCACAGUACAGGUUAGAAACUAUUCUCCAAUACAGUUUCUAGUGCUACAGUUAAAGCCCCCACGGCAAGCCAGGUAUCAUGGCACACACAGGGAGUGUUGAGUUUGAGGCCAACCAGGUAAUAUGAUUGUAGCCUGGACUACAUGAGACUGUUUCGGAAAAUUAAAAGAAGAAACAAGGCUUACCUAGCACAGUGAGCCAGUGUUUGGACAUAAGAUGAGGAUAGUUUCUUUCUUUUUUCCUUCCUUCCUUUCUUCCUUCCUUCCUUCCUUCCUUCCUUCCUUCCUUCCUUCCUGUGUGUAAGGGCGUGGAUGAUCCAGGACACAGGAAGCAUAACCAGCCCAUAGCCUCAGUGCAUUCUGUAGCGUCCAAGCCAUAGCUCACCUUGUGCCAUUUGGUUUUUGCACUUAAACCCCACAGACUUCUAGUUCUAGUCUGGGUCCCCUGAGAAAAUGGAGCAGAGCAUUGCUGUUAGGGAGAGUGAUGCAUGGGAGCCCCACAAUGAAACAACGGUGGAACUCUGGAGAUUAUGGGUAUAAGAAAUAGAAAACAAGAAUGAGAGCAGUUUGAGAAGUAAAUAGCACCAGAAGGUGACAGUUGGAUCCAUAUUCUGAGCCAGUGACAUGGAAAACCUGGAGUCUAAUGUAAUACUCAGCCACCUUCGCACCCCAUGCCCUUCCUAGGGAGGCUCUAGGUGAGAGUCGGGUGUUGCUGGUUUUCCUUUCCUUGUCUUUCUCCCUUCCCUCACUUGUUUCUUUUUUCUAUUUGUUUGUUUGUUUGCUUGCUUAUUUUGUAUACAGUGUCCUGUCUGCAUGUAUGCCUGCAUUAUAGAUGGUUGUCAGCCACCACGUGGUUGCUGGGAAUUGAACUCUGUUCCUCUGGAAGAGUAGCCGGUGAUCUUAACCUCUGAGACAUCUCUCCAGCCCCUUCGCUUGUUUCUUUGAACAUGUGGGACAUUUUUGCCAUUCUUUCCUCCCUUCGCACUUCUUGGUCCCUACGGGACAGCCCCUUUCCCUUGAGAAGGGAUGGGUAUUGUAACUCCUUUUCUCCAAGGCCAUAAUUGAGCUACCUUCCUCAGAUGUCUUCUUGACAGCUCUUUAAAGGGGAAAGAAUGUUCCCAGUGUUACAGCUGAACAAGGACCUCCCAGGUAACUGGCUUCUCACUCCACCUUUUCCCUGUCAGGUACACACACGUACAUUCAGAAUUCCGUUUGGGGCUUGUUCCUUUGCCCACCGGUCAUUUCUCUAACAAACGCACAUUUAAGCACUGUAUUACCUUGUACACAAAACAGUCAACUGCAUCCCGCAGAUCACCUUCAGGCGCUGUACUGGGAACCAGCAAACAGUGCACUCUCUAGUCUUCAACGAGGAACCCAGGGAGACUGGGUUGAGGGUCAGUUGUUAUGACAUCAUUCCUAAUGUGUUAUAUGUGUGUUAGUUACUUUUAUGUCAUAUUAACAAUAGUAACAGCUCCCGUUUAACUUUCGUGUGCUAAAUGUGUUUUACAUGCAUGUUUAAAAUAUGACUGUGACUUGAACUUAUUAUCCUUGUUUUAGAAACAAGUCUAGGCUCAGUUAUUUGUUGAAGAGUGCAGGAUUGUGAACCCAGGAAGUUCCCACAGUCUGUGUGGUAUGUCUUUUUAUUUCUCUAAAAACAAAAUUAAAAACUUUGCUACAUAUCAUCUGUCUUAGGGAAUGGCCAUCACUCUUCAUUAUGCUGGGCCUCCUGUGCUCCCAGGGCCCCAGACUUUUAGCCCGCUGCUUUCUGGGUCUGCAGGGUCCGCAAGCACUGGCCCGUCUGCCUCCUUUCCAUACACUGGGGUUCCUUCCUGGCUCUGGCCAACCCUCCAUACCAUCUGGAAUGGUAGCCACCGCCUUCCCUCCCUACCCCUCCAUUAUCUUGACCAAGUAAAUUCUUUUGUUUUGUUUUGUUUCUUUUUGUUGUUGUUGUUGUUGUUUUGAGACAAGGUUUCUCUUUGUAGCUUUGGAGCUUGUCCUGGAACUUACUCUGUAGAUCUGGCUGGCCUCAAACUCACAGAGAUUCACCUGCGUCUGCCUCCUGAGUGCUGGGAUUAAAAGUGUACACCAGCACUGCCUUUUUUUCCUCCGGAUAACCAGGUAAACGUGAGUUUGGGAGAGGCCCCCAGUCUCCUGAGCUUUCUUUGUAAGAGGUGCCGGCUCUGUUAUGCUCCUGUUCUCAGCUACAUGGAAGAACAGAAGACUUCUAGGUAACCAGCUUUUUGUUUUGUUUUGUUUUUUGGGGGGGGGGGGUUGUUUUGUUUUGUUUUUUGAAGCAGAGUUUUUCUGUGUA